AUGAAACUAUUGGAGAGCUCUCAAUUAACCGAGCUAUCAAGAGCGCUUUGUGUAGACCGAGGAGAUGUUAAAGUCGUUGCCAGGAUCGAAAGCUAUUCAUGCAAAAUGGUAGGCGAUGAAAAACACAAGUAUAAAAAAUUUUACUCCCAGAGUGGCACACAGCCAGGUGACCUCGAAGCACUGGGCUGUUCACCCAACAGUGAUCCACGAUAUGGAAGAAGUCUUAGUGUAUCUGGAGAUGAAGAAGUUUUAUUAUGUGAUACAAUAUCACGUAAAUCUUUAUUUUACUUGAUUGCAACUCUUAAUGCCACAUUUGCACCUGACUACGAUUUCACAGAUGCCAAGUCAUCAGAAUUUAGUCGAGAACGUAGUUUGCAGUGGGUCAUGAGAGAUGUGGAUAAUAACUUAUCGGCAGUCAUUGUAGAACCUAACACAGCAACAUCAUGUGUUGCAUCUAAUCAAAUUAUUAUGAUGAAUCAUCUACAAAGUAAUGCAGCUCCCAAAAACUACUCACAGUUACGUGACAAACUCUGGGAAGUAAUCGACAAAGAAAUUGGCAUGUCACAAUGUGACAUUUACAGCUAUACACCUGACAUGCGAUCAGAUCCAUUCAGCGAAGAUGGAUGCCUGUGGUCAUUCAACUAUUUCUUUUACAACAAAAAACUAAAAAGAAUAUUAUUUUUUACUUGCCGUCGCAUUAUUAGUUCUUCAUAUCCCAUGGACUUUGAUGGAUCAAUAGGAACAGGAUCAGACUCUAUGUUUUUGUCUGAUUAUUAUGAUGAUGGCAGUGCUGAAAGCAACAGUAGGCAUCGCAGAGAACGAAGUCCUUUAAACAAUGGUCGCCGUCGAGGGGGAAAUAGUAAUUUCUGA